AUGAACAAAUUAUUUGAAAAUCUUGAAGUUACUCAUCUUUAUUCUACAGUAUAUCAUCCACAGACUAAUGGGCAAAUUGAACGAUUUAAUGCUACGAUGGAUGGAAAAAUUGCCGCUUUAUGUAAUGAACGACGUACAGACAGGGAUGAAGUAUUACAAAUUGUUACAUUUUAUUUUUAUAUAUGGAUAAAUGCAACUACAAAACAAACAUCAUUUGAAAUGAUGCAUGGACAGCAAGCUACUCUUCCAUUCGAUCAACAAAAUAAUAUUAUUUUGCUCAUACAAGACCCAAAGCAGAGUCAAAAAAUUAGAAUAUAUCUUGAAAAAUUAGUACGUGAAGCUUGGAACAAUAUCAUUAAAAAUCAACAACAAUAUAAAGCUCGAUAUGAUUCACAUAGACAAGAUUUAUUAUUAAAAAUCAAUGAUUUAGUUUUAGUAAAAACAAGAAAUGUUAGAAAUAAAUUUGAUAUACGAUAUGAAGGU